UUGUAUGUUACUUUUGACGUCUUUGUACUCGCCUUCAGCACUUUAGCAUACCUAUUCACCAUUUCACUUCCCUUAACACAUGUUAUUAUAAUCGUUAGUUUACCUUUCUACCCUUGUUAUUAAUAAGGUAAUCACGUUGAGCUCCGAUACUACAAACCGAAUCAAUUAGACCGUCUUAUCACUCCUCGGCUCUUCAUUUCGGCUCUCUUUGCGCAGCUAUACCUACGCUUCAAAAAAAGGCCGAUUAAUACCUACCACGUCUCACUCUUAAUCAGAUCGCAACACCGCCCUACAUCGUCUCGCGCUCGAAAACGAAAAUCGUGUAGCUUAUCGGCUUCCGGAAGGAGCAAAGGCAUCUCCUGAAGAUGCCACUAGAUUCGCCCAGAAUAUCUAAAGAAGGACAAGAGGAUACCGUUGAUCGGGCCACGACAAUAUCGACAGCGACGGACCAAAAUGACUCUCUAAGCCAACGCGCGCCAAUCAUGUCGACUCAGGCACAGGAAGGAGUAGGCAGCGCGCUCGCAUCGAAUGUCGCCGCUGUAGACGUCCAGAUGCGAGAGUAUGUGAAUGGAUACCACUUCCCACCGAAAUAUCCCAUAAAGGAGCAAAUACGAAUGGGUCUAGUUUCAUUCUGGGAAUUCUACAAUACUGGAUUCGGCUUCUUCCUCACUAUCUACUCCCUCAACGUCGUGGCUUGGGGUGGCAUGCUCUUCCUUCUUCUAUGCAAUGCUGCGCCAGAGAUGUGCUGGGUGGAUGGCAAAUUUGACUGCAAUGAUAUUGAUUCGCCGCGCAGAAUAUGGAUCGAGACAGAUUCACAAAUACUAAACGGGCUGUUCUGCGUAACUGGUUUUGGCUUAGCGCCGUGGCGCUUUCGCGAUCUGUACUUCUUGUUGCGGUAUCGUAUUCAGGGUGAUCACAAGGCUCUACGAAGCUUAGCAGGCGUUCAUCGCGGUUGGUUCCGUCUUCCCGGUUCCGAACAACUUCCUACGUCUCUUGGGCCGAAGAAUAUCGAGGAGAUGAUCGGAAACUACAACGUUGACAGCGUUCCGUAUCCCCUAGAGACUAUAUCAGAUGCUCCGCCAACGAGCAUCCGGGCACCUCCGACUAAGAUGUGGAAACUGGAUUUUAUUAUCUACUUCAAUGUUGCCAACACGUUUCUGCAAUGCGUUCUAUCAGGUUUCAUGUGGGCCUUGAAUCGGUACGAUCGACCUAGUUGGUCGACUGGUCUAUUCGUUUGUCUUGCGUGUAUCGCCUCCGCUAUCGCGGGUAUCAUGAUGGGCGUUGAAGGGAAACACGUUAAGGCUAUCGAAGGGGUCCCUCUAACAAAGACGGAUAUUGAGCGUCUAGCGCGUGAUAAGGAACUAGGCAUUCCUCAUUAUAACAACCUUGGCGACAAGAACCCCGAGGAAGAGAAAGAGAAGAAGAGGAUGAAGAAGCAAAAGCGACAGUUUGGGAAGGCCGAGCAAUCUAGCCUCGCGACUGAUAAUGAAAGACAAGCAUUCUGCGUUUAAAUGGGGUGUUUUGGCAGGUUUUUAUAGACGGCGGACUUGGUGUUUACUAGCAUAUAUUUUGUUUGAAUAAUAUACCAUCUGGCGUUGCAAAACGGAAGUAAAUACCUAUAUUUGCAAGUAAUUUACUGUUUACAGACUACAAUCAGGCAUACAAUAUGAGCAUUAAAGUAUCCGUCUUUCUACUAUGAGAAUGUGCAUAAGUGUUGAAA